AUGGGAGGUUGCUGCAGUUGUCUGAAGGAGUCGCAGGAUGACGCCACUGUGCUCCCAAUAGCGGAGAACGAGCGAGAGGCGGUUACGUCGCUCUUGGGGUACUUGGAGGACAAGGACAACUACGACUUCUAUAGCGGGGGGCCGUUGAAGGCGUUAACGACGUUGGUGUAUAGCGACAACCUCAACUUGCAGCGCAGUGCGGCGUUGGCGUUCGCGGAAAUCACGGAGAAGUACGUGCGGCCUGUGGACCGGGAGGUGCUGGAGCCGAUCUUGAUUCUGCUGCAGAGCCACGACCCGCAAAUCCAGAUAGCGGCGUGCGCGGCGCUAGGGAACCUCGCGGUGAACAACGAGAACAAGAUUCUCAUUGUGGAGAUGGGGGGGUUGGAGCCGUUGAUAGAGCAGAUGAAGAGUAACAACGUGGAAGUGCAGUGCAACGCGGUGGGGUGCAUCACGAAUUUAGCCACGCAGGACGAUAACAAGGCGAAGAUAGCACACUCCGGGGCUUUGGUGCCCCUUACGAAGUUGGCGAAGUCCAAGAACAUCCGCGUGCAACGCAAUGCGACGGGCGCGUUGUUGAACAUGACGCACUCGGGGGAGAACCGUAAAGAGCUCGUCGAUGCUGGCGCGGUACCGGUUCUUGUGUCACUUCUCUCGUCGUCCGACGCAGACGUCCAGUACUACUGUACCACGGCGCUCUCCAACAUUGCUGUCGACGAAUCCAACAGACGCAAGUUGUCGCAGACGGAGCCACGGUUGGUUUCCAAGCUAGUCGUGUUGACGGACUCGCCCUCGGCACGGGUCAAGUGCCAAGCGACGCUUGCGCUCAGAAAUUUGGCUUCUGAUACGGGUUAUCAGUUGGAGAUCGUCCGGGCGGGCGGUUUGAGCCACUUGGUGAAGCUUAUCCAGUGCAACUCGAUGCCUUUGGUGCUUGCCAGCGUGGCCUGCAUUAGGAAUAUCUCCAUUCAUCCGCUGAACGAGGGUUUGAUCGUGGAUGCGGGGUUCCUAAAGCCACUGGUGAAAUUGCUAGACUACAACGACAACGAAGAGAUCCAGUGCCACGCGGUAUCCACGUUGCGUAAUCUCGCGGCAUCUUCAGAAAAGAACCGGCAGGAGUUUUUCGAAAGCGGCGCGGUCGAGAAGUGCAAGCAGCUGGCGUUGGUGUCGCCCAUAUCUGUGCAGAGCGAGAUAUCCGCGUGCUUCGCUAUCUUGGCCUUGGCAGAUAACUCGAAACUGGAGCUACUAGACGCCAACAUCCUCGAAGCCUUGAUCCCCAUGACCUUUUCAACCAACCAGGAGGUGGCAGGCAACGCGGCCGCGGCGCUUGCGAACCUAUGCUCGCGUAUUAACAACUAUGAAAAGAUAAUCGAAUCGUGGACGGAGCCAAGCAAGGGUGUCUGUGGCUUUUUGAUUAGGUUCCUUCAGAGCGAAUACCCGACUUUCGAACAUAUUGCAUUGUGGACUAUUUUGCAACUACUUGAAUCACAUAACGAGACGAUGCUCGGCUUGAUCAAGUCUAACAAAGAAAUAGUCAAGAGCAUAAAGCGUCUAUCGGAUAUUAACUACGAAAAUGCUCAAAAGGCGUCCUCUUUGCAUUCACGAUUACAACAGGUCAACGGCGGGAGCGUAGCCUCGGGGUCGGAGCAGUACGAGCAUGCGAGUUUGGAACUAUACAACAUCACACAGCAAAUCAUGCAGUUUUUGAAUUAG